AUGACUACGCCGGACGGCGAGCAAGGCCUUGUGAAACGGCUACGAUCCAUGCACGGCGGCUUGUACCCGCAAUCAUAUCUUGUGGUUGUUGAUGAUCCGUACGCCGAGGUUGCGGCGCGAACAUGGAUUGACGAGCACGCUCAGCUGGAUCGGAGCCAGCUGCUUCACAUGACAUACAAUGAUUGGAUAGAACAGGGUGAGAAAAAGGCCGCGGGGCUCGUUGCUGCAGUACAGGAACUCAAUGGUCCUUUUCUGCCGAACCAAAUUUCUGGUCCUCUGGACGAUGAUAUUACUCUUGUAACUGGUAUUGAGGACAAGCGGUGGCGAUGGUGGUGGCCGCGAUUCAAGGCAAAGUUCGUGAAUGCGGAGCAAAAAAAUGGCUGA